AUCUGAUCUGGGUGCCUCCCAUAAGCUGUCAUUAUGGUACUCCCUCCGUUCGAUUACUUUACGUAUCGUCGCGUCCGUAACCUCAAGCAGAGGGAGCGGGCAGCACGAUUCGCCUCUCUUCCGGCAUCAUACCACACGGCAUUCACCGUCUUUGAUAAAUCCGUGAUCAACAAGCCCAUUGGGCAGCUGGUGCAAGAGGUCCAGAACUCCUCCCUGGCCGCGACCGAUGUUCUCCGCACUUACGGCAAGGUGGCCGUCAAGGCCCAGGAGAAGACGAACUGUGUGACUGAGCUUCUUCUACCCGAGGCGGAGUUGUGGGCUAAGUCGGAGGUCAACCUCAAGGGUCCCCUGGCCGGUGUGCCCAUCUCCUUGAAGGAUUCGGUGCAGGUCAAGGGGUUCGAUAUCACCCUGGGGUACACCCGGUUGGCAGGCAAGCCGUAUCAGGAGGAUGGGCCAAUGGUCAAGCUUCUGAAAGAUGCUGGUGCCGUCCCCUAUGCCAAAACAGCAUUGCCGGUGACGCUUCUAUCCUUCGAAUCCGCAAAUGCCCUCUGGGGCCACUGUCGCAACCCGCACGCUCCGGAAUACUCUCCUGGUGGUUCCACAGGCGGAGAAGGUGCCCUGCUGGCUCUGGGUGGCCGCAUCGGCAUUGGAUCGGAUGUGGCUGGCUCGGUGCGGGUGCCGGCAGCGUGGAGCGGAAUCUACUCCCUCCGCUGUAGUACGGGGCGUUGGCCGAAGAACGGGGUCAACACCAGUAUGGCCGGCCAGGAAGGCAUCCCGAGUGUCUUCAGCCCGAUGGCGCGGACUUUGAACGAUUUGACCUACUUCACCGAGGCGAUCAUCUCCAUGAAGCCCUGGUUGUACGAUUACACCGUCCACCCCAUUGCCUGGCGGGGCGAGGAAGAGAAGGAAGCCAAGAACAAGAACCUUCGCAUUGGACUUAUGGUUAGCGAUGGCGUUGUUCCCCCGACCCCCGCAAUCACCCGGGCUCUCACCACGACAGUUGACGCCCUGACCGCAGCCGGACACACCGUAACGGAGAUUACGCCCCCAGCCAACGCCGCCCCAUUCAAAGGCCUCGACCUCGCUUCGCAGCUCCUUAACUCCGACGGCUGCACCACCUUCAACUCGCACCGCCACAACUUCGAGCCGUCAGACCCCGGCGCUGACCAGCUCACCCGGAUCGCCAAUCUCCCGCGCCCUCUACGCUACCUAUACUACCUCUGGGUGCGCUACAUCCGCCGCGACACCAAGUGGGCGACCCUAAUCCGCGGCUUCGGACCUAAAUCAGCGGCCGACCAAUGGAAGCUGGUCGCGCAGCGCGAGGCCUUCCGCUCAACCUGGCACUCCUGGUGGGACGCCGAGCCCCAGCAAUACGACUUCAUCCUGUGCCCAGCCAACGCAACGCCCGCCCUACCCCACCGCGCCAUGCGCGACGCCGUCUCCUCCUGCGGCUACACCUUCCUCUGGAACCUCCUCGACUACAGCGCAGGCGUGCUUCCCAUCUCGCACGUCGACGCCAAAGAAGACGCCCUGUCGACACCGUACAAGACAGCUCUGAAGCAGCUGGGCGCUAACCACGCCAUCGCGCAGGGCGCCUGGAAGCACUACGACGCGGCCAAGAUGGCGGGUCUGCCGACCGCGGUGCAGGUUGUUGGCCGGCGGUGGCAGGAAGAGAAGGUGUUGGGGUAUAUGGAAGCUGUGCAGAAGGCGCUGGAGCAGCAGGGUCAUAAGUAUGCUUUGCUUGAGAUUGACUGAACCAUUGACUUACGACGUGGAUGAUGACUAUCCAAACGCAUCCUGCAAAAUUAUACGAUGGAUGAUAGCUAAAAUUAAACUGCAUACGUACUAGGUAGGACUAUUGUUUAGCAAUGUUUGGACUCUUAUAUAAUAUUAGUAUUAGCCAAUGCUAACCACCAUGAAACAACC